GCGCGCUUCUUGGCCAUGCAGAAGCUGCUCCAGCAGCUGCCCGCCAGUGCGGCCAACUUGGUGAAGUCCCAGCAUGGCAAGAAGGGCGAAGAGGCCAAGAGUCCGGUGUUGGUGGCCGAUGGCCCGCAGCAGACCUGGUACAGUGCCUUGGAAGGGGACGAGAUGAGGCUCCUGAAAGCGCCCGACCAGGAGGCGGCCGCCCCGCAAGACGGCGGCGUUGACAGCAGUGUGGCCCAGCCGCUACGACAUGAUGACUUGAAGGAGAUGCUGGACAGCAACAAGGAUUCCCUGAAGCUGGAGGCCAUGAAGCGGAUUGUAGCGAUGAUAGCCAGAGGCAAGAACGCAUCUGACCUCUUCCCAGCCGUGGUGAAAAACGUGGCCUGCAAGAAUAUCGAGGUAAAGAAGCUCGUGUACGUCUAUUUGGUCCGAUACGCGGAAGAACAGCAAGAUUUGGCAUUGCUCUCCAUUUCUACCUUUCAGCGCGGACUCAAGGACCCUAACCAGCUGAUCCGGGCCAGUGCUCUGCGGGUUCUCUCCAGCAUCCGCGUUCCCAUUAUUGUACCCAUCAUGAUGCUAGCCAUCAAAGAGGCAGCGUCGGACAUGUCCCCCUACGUGCGCAAAACGGCAGCUCAUGCCAUCCCCAAACUAUACAGCCUCGACUCCGAUCAGAAGGAUCAAUUGAUAGAGGUCAUCGAAAAGUUGCUGGCGGAUAAGACCACGCUGGUGGCCGGCAGUGUGGUGAUGGCCUUCGAGGAGGUUUGCCCGGAGCGGAUUGACCUCAUCCACAAGAACUACCGCAAACUGUGCAACUUGCUGAUCGACGUGGAGGAGUGGGGGCAGGUGGUCAUCAUCAACAUGCUGACGCGAUACGCUCGCACCCAGUUCCUGAGCCCUACUCAAAACGAAUCCCUUCUGGAAGAAAACGCUGAGAAAGCUUUCUACGGGUCCGAAGAGGAAGACUCCAAGGACAACAAGACGGAACCGGCAUCUCUGGUGAAACGCAAGCCUUACGUGAUGGAUCCUGACCACCGCCUGCUCCUGCGUAACACCAAACCCCUGCUGCAGAGCCGCAAUGCUGCGGUGGUAAUGUCGGUGGCCCAGCUGUAUUUCCACUUAGCACCAAAAGCCGAGGUCGGGGUCAUCGCAAAGGCCUUAGUUCGCCUCCUCAGGAGCCACAGUGAGGUCCAGUACGUGGUGCUCCAGAAUGUGGCCACUAUGUCUAUUAAGCGGAGGGUGAGUAUCUGUUUUCUCUUUUUCGUUGGAGAGGGGAAGGAUUCUGUUUGUUUAGAUUUUUGUUCCCCGUUUUUCUCCUCAGCAGGCACCCAAAGUAGCAUUUUCUCCAUGCAGCCACCACUUCUGGCCGCCAACCUGAAAGCUGACAAGAUUGGGCUAGUCUCGCCAUCAAUGUCGGGGCCUCUAACCGCUACACAACACUGUAUCAUAGAGUUGGAGGACUUAAAGAUGGCAGAGAGACAUCAGGAACAGUUACCUGACUUAGGGAAAAAAGAUAACCCAAGACUGAUCUUGGGUUAUCUUUUCCCCCUAGGUGAAUUAAUCAGCCCUGUAUUUGGCGCGGUGAAGACCUACGAGCUGCUGCACCGUAUGACCGGGGAGGGACUCUCUGUUGAGUAUCACUUCAGCCGUCAGCCUUUUACGGCCGACCUGCGGAUGGUCGCUGUCCAGAUCCAGAUUUCCAACAACACGGCCACCGAGGUGAAGAAUAUCUGCAUCAACGAGCCGAAGCUCCUUUCCGGCAUGCGCGUCCAGGAGUUCAAAGAAAUCGAAUCCCUCCCUCCUGGAGAGACGAUCAAUGUAGUGAUGGGCAUUGAUUUCUGUGACUCGACCCAGGCAGCCAGCUUUCAGUUGUGUACGCACACGCGCCAGUUUUAUGUGUCCAUCCAGCCCCCGGUGGGAGAGCUCAUGGCUCCUGUCUUCAUGAGUGAAAAUGAGUUCAAGAAGGAACAAGGAAAGCUGACGGGUAUGAGUGAGAUCACAGAGAAGCUGACCCUGCCCGAAAAAUGCCAGAGCGACCAUGUGCUUGUGCAACAAGUAACAGCCGCCGCCAACGUUAGCCGUGUGCCCUGUGGGUCGGACAAGGAAUAUCGAUUUGCUGCUAAGACGGUUAGCAGUGGAAGCCUCAUCCUUAUCACCCUGGAGAAGAAGGCCGGAAAUGCGGCACACCUGACCAUCAACAGCGAGAAGAUGUUGAUCGGCACCAUGCUGGUGAAGGACAUCAUCCACUCCUUGACGCAGUAACCUGGGCGGCUUCUCUCUGUAGCCGUGGCUGCUUCCAACAACCCACCUUUCCUUCCUUUUCUGUCCGCAGCCAGUCCGUGGUUUGGCCCACUGCGUCCCUGUCCCCGGCUUGCCUUGCUAUGUUAUGUCCCUGUGUAAAGUACAGGUUGAGUCUAAAGGAGGGGAGCAGGGAAUAAUUCACCAUAGAUCAUGGAGAGCCGACACUGGGGUGGGAAUUAGCACAGCAGAAAAUAGAAGGAUUUGGGGGUUCUGGGGAAUGCUGAAGAAUUUGUUCAGUUUCCUUUGCUGCACAGGGGGGUGGGUCUGUUCCGUUCCUCUAGUUUCUGUUUUGUGGCUGUAUUUAUUAAUGAUAAUUUGGCGGAGACGUUUCAAUAAAAUUCUUCCUGCAGCUGG